GGCGAAACAAAGUAUAACUCAACACUUCAUCCCACUUCACUUCGCAUCAGCUCCCAUCGACUCCCGACCAGCUCCGCCUCCCCCCCAUCAUCAACAUGGAGCUAGCAUUCAAGGCCCUCUUCCUCCUAGCUGCGGCCUUCUACCUCCUGCUAAGACUAGCAACCUAUCUCCUAACGGCUCAUAAAAACCGCAUAUUCGCCAAAUCCCAUAACUGCCUCCCACCCCGCCGCUUCCCCUCCCCCUUCUUGGGCCUACCAAACUGGGUACGUUUAAUGCGCGCCGCCAAGCGCGGCAACGUUCUCGAGCAUAUCACGGACCGCUAUCCAACCUACGGCAAUACAUGGAAAGGCCGCAUCCUAAUCGGCACGAGCAUCGGCACCGUUGAGCCAGAGAAUAUAAAAGCCAUACUCGCGACAAAUUUCAAGGACUUUGGCUUAGGCCCCCAACGUCACGCUAAUUUUUACCCACUACUUGGAGACGGGAUAUUCACCCUCGACGGCCCCGGAUGGGAGCAUUCUAGGGCGAAUUUGAGGCCGCAGUUUUCGAGGGAGCAAGUCAGUGAUAUUGAAGCGUUGGAGGUGCACGUCCAGCGGUUGAUGAAUCGGUUGCCAGAGGGGGAUGGUGAAGUCGCGGACUUGCAGCCAUUGUUUUAUUGCCUGACCUUGGACUCCGCGACCGAGUUUUUGCUCGGGGAGAGUGUAGAUUCCUUGCUUUCUCCCGAGCUGAACCCCACCGGGGAUGGCGGCGGAGAGAUGUCGUUCGCCCAGGCGUUUAAUGUUUCGCAGGGAUAUUUGAUCAACCGCACGAGGGUACGGGGACUGUACUGGAUGAUAAACCCAAAGAGGUUUAGAGAUGCGAAUGCGAUUGUGCAUAGGCUUGUAGAUAGAUACGUUGAUAUGGCGUUGCACCCUGAGAAGCGCGCGAAGAAGAUUUCCGAGAAGAAGUAUGUUUUCCUGGAUGCUAUUGCUGCCGAAACCAAGGAUCCCAAGUACCUUCGUGACCAGACUUUGAAUAUCCUUCUCGCUGGACGGUAAUCACUCCCCCUCCCCCACCCCCUCCUCCAAGGAGCCAAUUAACGAGAGUCGACAGGGAUACAACCGCCGGCCUCCUCGGCUUCAUAUUCUGGCUCCUAGCCCGCCACCCCCACAUCUACCAGAAACUCCGCGAGGAAAUUAUCUCGGCAUUCGGCACCGGUAGGGAUGGCGGGGGGAAGCGUCCUUCCUUCUCCGCCCUUAAAGACCUCACAUACCUCCGUUACGUACUCAACGAAACCCUCCGCUUGUACCCCUCGGUCCCACUGAACGGGCGUACCGCGGUGCGCAACACCAUCCUCCCGCGCGGUGGCGGGGAGGACGGGCUAUCCCCUGUAUUCGUACCCAAAGGACAGAGGGUGGACUAUUCUUGUUAUGGACUUCAUAGGAGAAAGGACCUGUACGGCGAGGAUGCGGACACUUUCCGCCCGGAGAGGUGGGGAGAAGGUGUAGGGCGAGGCUGGGAGUUUUUGCCCUUUAACGGGGGACCGAGGAUCUGUCUUGGACGUAUGCUUUUUUUUAUUUUUUAAUCCACCCUCUGGUAAUAGAUAGUGGAGAGGUUUGCUGACUUGUUGUGCGGAUAGAACAAUACGCCCUGACCGAGGCUUCAUACACCGUAACCAGAAUCUUGCAAAAGUAUGCGAGGAUCGAAGUUGCUGAUACCUAUACCGGCCCGAUGAUGGAUCUGACGUUGACGGUGGCGCCUAAGAAGGUGCUUUUGAGAUUCUGGAGGGCGUGA